GCUUCCACGGCCCCAUUCAACGCCGUGAGUGGAUUUUUCUUGUUGCAGAUAUAGCAGAUAACAAUCGAAACUCGGGAGCUGGACGCAAUAUAAAGGACACCACGGCACCUUUGGAUGUUAUUGUUAGACCCGAAAUGGCCAAAGGGAAAAAACAUGUGCUGAGAGCCGACAAAAACUCUGCAGACGCUGCUGCACCAAAACCAGUCAGCUCAAAGAGAGAAACAAAGGAAAACAAGCCAGCGACAAACAAGGAGUCUACAGGCAGAGUGCAAACAAUUCUCCAAAGUUUUCGCACUCCAUGCAAACAGAGGUCUCCUCUCAGAGACAGCUCCAGCGUGCGGAUUCAGGAAGGGAAUGAUAUCGAUGCAGCUCAUCUGGACACGCUGAAGCUGAAAGAAGACCUGCCCAGUGAGUCUCGAGAGCAACUGGCUGAAGCGGCCUGUCACAGCGAUAGCAUUCGAGAGCUGACUACAGUCCAGCAGGACUCUGUAACAGACAAGGUUCCAGUCCGGAGCAAAGCUGAACGCAGACCCAGAGCGAGGAUGGAGAAUACACAAAGCAGAAAGGUCACAGACUACUUUCCAGUCAGAAGGAGCAACAGAAAAACUCAGGCCAAGCUAAAGAAUGAAGAGCAGAGUCACAUUGAUGACCUGAUAAAAAAUAACGUCGAAGAGGGGAUGCAGGUCAAACACAUUGAAGGGAAAGGCAGAGGAGUGUUCGCUGUCUCUGGCUUCAGAAAAGGAGAUUUUGUGGUAGAAUAUCACGGAGACCUCCUCGACCUCACCGAGGCCAAAAAAAGAGAGGCGGAGUACGCUCAGGAUCCACAAACAGGCUGUUACAUGUAUUACUUCCAGUAUCAAUCCAAAACCUACUGCGUCGACGCUACAAAGGAGACGAGCCGCCUCGGAAGGCUGAUCAACCACAGUAAAAGUGGCAACUGCCAAACCAGGCUCCAUCCCAUCGACGGGACUCCCCAUCUGAUCCUCGUGGCCUCCAGAGACAUCAGGGCAGAAGAGGAGCUGCUGUACGACUACGGCGACCGGAGCAAAUCCUCCAUCUCUGCCCACCCGUGGCUCAAACACUGAAAAUUCCACCUCAUGUUUUUCUGGGUUGUGGGGAGGGGGCGGUUUUUAUACAGAGCAUUUUAUUUACUUUAAAUUGAAGUGAAACCUUCAAAUUUUAGUGUACUUUUUGCAGAAAUAAGCUUUUAUCAUGCUUUUAUUUUUAGUUUCUUUUGGGAUAAAUGAAUUUGACCUUGUAAAUUAUUACCUGUGCUGUAAAUUUCCGAUUAAAACAGCUGAGAAUCCAGCUGGCACGUUCAGUGUCAAAGGUCAUCAGAUAAACAGAUGGUGACAGCCUUCUGUCCUGAUGGAGGGCUUUUCUACUUUCAUCUGAUUUGAUCGGAUAGAAACAAGACAAAUGGGAACGACGUUUCCCAAGCUGACAUCAAACUGUGUAUGUGUUGCAUUCUGAGUACACCUGAACUCGUUCACUUCCAUCCCAGAGUGGAACUAAGCAAGUAAAG